CGGCUGCCACUGGCUGUGAGCCUGGGUGCCGUGAGCUGCAGAGAGCCAGUCACACAGCAGCAGCACUGGAUGCUCAGGGAGAGCUGCGAGCAGCAUGGAGCAUUUCCUACAGGACUGCAAGGCCGCCCUCCAGAAGAAUCAUGAAGGUCUUGACUUCCACGUGGUCCUUGGAAAUGAAGCCUGUGACCUAGACUCUAUGGUCUCGGCCAUCACCCUAGCCUAUUAUCUUGCGAAGACUUCUUCCAGCAAGGACCUUGUUUUUGUCCCGGUGAUGAACAUCCCACGUGAGGACUUCCCGCUCCGGACAGAGAGUACAUUCUUCCUGAGGGAAACUGGGAUAUCGGAGAAGCACUUGACGUUCCGUGAUGAGAUAGACCUGGUUGACCUCUAUGAGUCUGGGCAGCUGGUUCUGUCACUGGUGGAUCACCAUGUGCUACCUAGGUCUGAUGCGUUUCUGGAAGACGUGGUAACAGAUAUCAUAGACCACCGUGUUAUGGAGAGGAAGCCGGCUCCCAGUUGCCGGGUCACCCUAGAGCUGGUGGGGUCCUGCACCACUCUGAUAGCAGAGAAGAUUGUCAGCGACGCACCUCACCUCCUGGACUUUCAGCUGGCCUCCCUGCUGCGAGGCCCCAUUGUAUUGGAUUGUGUGAACAUGACGCCGGCGGCCGGCAGAGCGACCCCAAAAGACACCGAAUACGUCGCCUUUCUGGAAUCGAAAUUUCCAGACCUGACGCCAAGAGACGCCAUGUUUGAUUCGAUGCUGAGCGCGAAGAUCGAUGUAUCAGGUCUUACCACAGACCAAAUGCUCCGCAAAGACUUCAAGGCCUUGGUCGGUCGCAAUAUCAAUUUGGCCAUUAAUGCUAUUUACAUGAAAAUAGAGGCGUUCUUGCGGAGGGAGGGCGUGGAGAGAGACCUGCAGACUUUCUGCCAGAAACAUGGUUACCAUGCACUCAUAGCCAUGGGAGUCACCUUUACCAGCAGCAAUGAACCCAUGAAGGAAAUAGCGGUGUACAGCCAGCAGAGGGAGCUCCUGCACCUGGUGAGUAAGUCCUUGGAGCAGGCCAAUAACCCGUCUCUGGAACUUACCCGGAUCCCCUGUGGCUCUAAACACAUCACCGCCUACAUCCAGGGGAACGCAGUUGCCUCACGUAAAAAAGUACUCCCGAUCCUGAAAGAUUUCCUAAAGAAACUGAGCAUUAACGAGGGUGGAUCUCGACCCAUGCAGUCCCACCAGGCGGCCGAGGACUAUAAAAGACCUUCGGGAUUUAAUGAACAAAGCGUAGAUGAUAACUUAGAGGGCAGUGAGUUAGGCGAGUUUAGGGAGCCGCUGGAAAACUCGGAUGCCUGUAUUGGAGACGAAUUUAAGGACAAGGGAUAUCUCUCUGGUUUCCGGAGGCUACCGGAGGAUUGCUUCGACGAUGAGAACUCCUUCCCUCCAACGCCUAUGAACAGUCUUGUGGAAGGCUGCCCCCUUGACCGAGGUCUCCCAAAACUGACUGCGGAAGCCAUUUUAGAGAGGAUCAACCGUAUCACUGUGGCGGAUUCUGAGGUGAAUUCUACGGCUGGGAACCAAUGACCAUGUCCGAGGGUGCCAAUAAUAGGGCUGUAGUAAUUUAAAAUAUAAUUUUAUAUAUAUAUAUAUAUAUAUAUAUAUAUAUAUAUAUAUAUAUAUAAUACACAUCGAGGUACUUCUUGAAACGCAAUGCAAUCUGUUUUUUUGAUACUUUAUUACAAGAAUAUGGCAAAACCUCAAUUUUUAAUAAUCAGAAAUGUAGCUUUUGUUGUGUUUGCUUAUAAGUUGUUCGUUACAAAAAAGGGGCCUUUUUAUUUCUGUAUAUAAUUACACACAAACAAAAUAUGUCUGACUUACAGGACAGAGUGCUUGCUGGGAGUGUCACUGUGACAGGAAAACCUCCUUGUCAGGUAAUGAGAUCCAAUAAUUACCUUCAUCUGGGUUUAUUUAUUCUGAAAAAUUACAUUAUUUCUGACAUUUAGGAAACUGAAGCUUAACCACACACACAGCGGCAGAUUCAAUUAUGCAUUACGGUACUACUGGAAUAUGCCACAUUGUGGGAGUGAGGAGGUUAGCAGCCAUUUUACUAACCUCUAGCAGGGCAUGCUGGGAAAAUUGGCCUCCAGUGGCCAGAGUCAUGUAACACUACUGUAAAACAUGUAUGACAGAUGUAUGCAAUAUUUGUAGCACUUCCCCACCACCCAAACACAUGCAAAGAGUUUAUAUGAUUUUUUAACUUACAUAUUUAUUUAUUUUUCUAGUGUGCUCCUUUUAUUCCACAGUGCUCAUUUAUCCUGUGGGGGUAGUUAUAGGACUGUGAUCAAUGCAGGGUAUAUAGUCUGGAUAUAGGGUAGCAUGGUUCAGAUUUUGAGAAACCGAUUCUUAGUUAUUAGCUUACUGUAAUUUAAGGCUUUCCAUUCAUCGUGGAACUAAAAGUCUCAGCAUGCCUUCCAACCAAUAGAUAGGGAGCACAAUGGUCAGAAAGAGGCAGUUUUGGAAAACUGAAUGGCAAAACUGUUUUAAGAAGAAAGCGAUGGAUUUCUAUGCCAAUUCAGGUAUAAAUCAAGCUAUAUCCAGACCACUGUGUGCUAGCUAAUGUUAACAUUAUCCAGUGUUCUGACAUUACUCAUGCCGUCUACAUGUUUGUUCAUUGUUUUUAUGUGGAAUAAAAUGUAUUAUACUUUGGGGAUGGGUUCUGCCAGUCAUGAGAAGAAGAAAAAAAGUGUCUUGCAGUCUCCUAGCUAACACCAUUUAUGCAAAUUACAAAUACAAGGUCAGAAACUUUAUAGUGAGCAUCUGGUCAUAGAUGGUCUUGCCAAUUCAACAUCUGUGAUUUGGUGAUAAAGAAAGAAGAAAAUACUCCAUUACACUACUUUAAAUGGCCCAACGUCAGGCUGAAUGGGUCAUGUUAAUUAUCAUGAAGCUGCAGUUUGGAGGGUUUAGUACUUUCUCAAUGGAAAAGGGAUUCUGCACAACUUGUUCAUUGUGACUACUUAUUAUACUGGUGUAAAAUAUUACUUUGUCAUUUUUUGUUUCAACUGCGUUUUGAUUUGACCGUCAAUGUUUCACCGGAUCUGGAUGUGACUUAAUGAUUAAAAUGCUUGUUUUAUUCUGUA